AUUUUUAUAUUUUUUUGUAAAGUAUAACACUUUCAUCGGCAUUUCAUCAAGUUGUAAAGAGUGUUAGGAGCUCAUGAGCAAGUACAGUAUUAGGCAAUCUUCAAGAGGGUUUUAGUGCCAUAGAAUGGAUCUUGACACUCACAGUUUUCAUGCCUAUUCAGUUGGUAGACAAGGCACCAUGCAACAUCCACAGAUAGUACAUGGAGUACAGAGAGAUGGUGUUGACCUUGAAGUGGACUACAAGGUGAAGAAAGUAACUGACAAGUUUUCGGAAUGCCUACAUAUUGUUGUGAACGAGCCUUCCCUAGCCUUAUAUAGGCUUCAAGAGCAUGUCCGUCGGUCUUUGCCUCAUCUAUCACAAUGCAAGACUGACCUCGCAGCAUUGCAGCAAGAAGUACAGGGGAAAUGCUAUGAUGUAGAUUAUGCUACAAGGACUGUUGAUGGUAUGAAAGCAAGUGUAAGACCGUUUACUUCCAUCAAUACCCUUCUUAAGAGUGCUGUAGUCACCAAACAACAUUUGAACCACCGAGCUUCAGACAGAUGGGAGGUACUUGAAGGAGGAGGAGGAACAGGAGGAGGAGGUGGAGCUAGUAAAAGAUCUUCUAUACAUGGUACUCCUAGGAGACCGCUCAGCCAAGUGAAAGAAUGAUCUUUCUGGUCUGGAGCAUGGUUACUAUAAAGUGAACUGAGGAGGCAAAGCCAGACUGAGCAUUGGUACACAGAAAAAGAGUCUGUAUGUGAUCUUCGCAAGAGGGACCGAGAGGUAUGGCUGCAUUAGUAUUUUACAUUCUGUAUUUGAUGAGCGAAUCCAAUCGUCAAGGAGAUGUGUCACUUUGUUUGAUCCCAUGUUGUCCAAUCUCUCUGUGGUCUCAGCCGUCGUGGUCUAUGCUCAUUCCUUAUUCCAACAUUUUGUUCAAUUCCCUGUUGAGUUUAUCAAAAGUUGACAAAGUUGUAAUUUGGAUGGUGACCAUUUAAAAAAUAGGGCAAAAUAGUUACCCCUAGUGGAUUUUAGAACAGUUUGGAAUUUGGCAAGCAGCAAUUGCAUCAAUAAUGAAUUUGGUUUGGCCAUAAUGGCAUUGUACAUUAAUGGGAAUCUGGGCCCGUUUCAUGAAAGUUGUCAGCACUGACAAGUUGUCUUUCUCUGACAGUUACCAUAGUAACAAUCGGAGGCCAGAGCUUCUGAGCCAAUAAAAGCCAAGGAUUUCAAUGAAAUUGUCAGCAUUGACAAUUGUAAAGAUGCAAGACAUCUUAAUAAAUGACACUUUAGUGCAUGUUUACCGAGUCACGUUGUUCCUUUAUUUGUGUCUAAAAACAUACAGUGAGUCUAGCUGAUCACUCUCAGCAUAAUCACAUAGCAUAGACUAUGGUGUCUUCGAAUCACGACAUUACAUCUCUCCCUUUUUUCAGAGAUAAAAUCUUAACCUUUUGUCUGGUACAAUAUGAGACAUAAUAUUUUAAUUGCACUGGGCAAGUGUUGUCAUGGAUAUUGGCUAAACAUUGUUUACUUCGAGAUUUCAAGCUUUGGUAUCUAAAACACUGUCUGGUAUUCUAAUUAUUAAAACUGUGAGCUAUUGACUGAUCAAUAGACAAAUAUUUGUUUCAGGUUUUGUUCGACUACACGUUUGGCUGGUAUGUAUAUCAAAUUCAAAACAAUAAAAACCUAUAGCUAGAGAAAACAAAACAUCAACAAAGUGACUACAUCUACUGAUACAUCAUGCAUACUGUACAUGUGUACAUUAGCAGGCUUCAUACAUAAUGUCAUCUCACAAAAUUAGCUGUAUAAUUUUCCAUACAUCCACCUCCUCCUCUUAAGGGUGAAGAAGUGCAUUUUGUAAACAAACACAAUCUUGACAGUAUCAACCUUCAGUCUCGAAUAUAUGGGAUACAUGAAUACAUUUGAAAAAAUCACAUCAUAGUUGACACAUUAAAGACUUAUUUACGAGGAAAACAAUAUGUUGCCUAAAUAAUUUGGGAUAAACCUGCAAUAAGAUACCAGUAUACGGAACAAAUUCAAGAUUUUCUUUGCAUAAUCAAAGGUAUCGUGGUGCACAUGCAUUGCCUUCUCUUUUUUAUGAGUGAAUCAAGAAGAAAAUCUGAAAGAUAGAAACAAUAACCUGUGAGAAAGAAAAUUCUGCCUUAUGAAUUUUUUUUCCAAAGUAACAUGCACCAUGAUAAGUGAAUUUCUGUUAAGAAAAAAAUACACAAAUAUGGCAAUAAUCAAACUUUGCAUAAUUAUUUUGUAGGCCUUGUGGUUUGUUGUUUCAAGUUUUUAGUUUAUUGAUUUCCUUUCUUCACAUAUAUACAUUGGUACAAACAGGACAUUAAGUGAGUAACAUGGUAAAUUUUAACAAAGGAAAUAAUAACAAAAUAACAUAAUUAUUAAAGAAACAAAAAAGUCAGUAUAGAUGACACAUCUUGUCAUUAACAAAUUAAGUGUUACAAAGUAAAGUUCAUAACCUGUUACUAAUAUUAAAGUCAUGAAAGAAAGGAGGAGACCUUAAAGAAGCUGGGCUUGUUAACGCAAGGUCCCCAAAGAGAAAAUAAUAUAUACUUGAAUGUUUACUUACUUCAAGACAUCUAAACAAGUAAGCUAACGUAUAUUUACAUUAAGGUUAAAAUAAAAAUAUCUACAAAAGGGAUAGAGUUGAAAGCUGGAAAGAGGAAAUAUAUACAAGAUGGAGAAGGAAACAGUAAGUGUGGGGGGGGGGCAAAAAGAAAACAUGUGAAAGAAGAGGGUUUCAAGGAUAGGGAAAGAAUGUUGGAGAAAAAGAAACACAAAAGAAGAAACAAAUCAAAACAAGAGUGCAAGUUGGUUCAGAAAUUAUUGUUAAGGGCCAGCCUGUGAAAGAAAGAGGGGAAUAUAGGCAUGAUUAAAUAUUUUCAGCAUAGUUACUCAAUAAAUGUAAUUUAAGUUUGCGUUUAAAAACAGAGAUACUGACAGAAGAAGUUACAUUAAUAGGAAGUGAAUUCCAAUACUUGGGACCAGUACAAGUUAAUGUGUUCAAGGCAAAGGUAGUUCUGACACGUGGAAUGUGAAGUGCAGUUGCCUGUCUCGUAUUAUAACUAUGAAACUCAUUAUUCUUUCUAAAAAUUUGUGCCAACACACUCGGGAGAGUACCAUUUUCAAAAUCAUACAUGAUUGAGCCUAACUGUAAGAAGUAAAUAUCUUCUUGCUUUAAUAGUUUACUAUAA